UAGAUUUUGGAAACAAAUAUAUUACAACAAUACUGCGCAUGCAAGCGGAUGUUCGUUGUCAUGGAAAUGUAUCCCCUCUGCUUUGUUUUAAAAAGACGCUAAAACCAAAAACUAACGUCAGAUUGUUAUUUCAUUAUCAAUAAUAUUUUCUAUUUAGUAAAAAUAAGCACAAAUAAGCAUUUUUACAUUCCUUUCUGAAAUGAACGGGAAUAUGAAUCAAAAAAAUUCGAAUCUUCUCAAUUUAGAUCUCAUCGGCAUAAUUUCUUUCGAUGGAAUUACGAAAAACAGCUUGCACGUUCACCCAAACCAGGAAUAUCUUUUAUUUCCAAUGGGUAAUAAAGUCACUGUUAAAAACAUAACUUCAGGCGAACAAUUUUUUUUAUCUGGACAUACAAAUGUAAUAUCAGCUUUGUGUGUCUCUCCCUGUGGAAAAUUUAUUGCUUCUGGUCAAAUAAAUCAUUUAGGAUUCAAAGCAAUGGUUAUUGUAUGGGACUAUGAGAAAAAAGUGAUGAAAAGUAGUUACGAGAUUCAUAAAGUAAGAGUCGAGGAUCUAUGCUUCUCAUCUGAAAGUAAUUAUUUGAUCAGUCUCGGAGGGCGAGACGAUGGAAACAUUGUCAUUUGGAAUGUUCGUGAAAAUGAAGCUAUUUGUGGAUCAUAUGCAAGUACUGAAAUAGCUGGAAGUGCUUGGACUGUAAAACGAACAAAUAUGCGUGACCAAUGUUUUGUGAGUGCUGGUGAAAAUACCAUCAAAGUGUGGAGAAUUAAUCCAGAAACUCGCAAACUCAAUGGAAUAUGCGUUAGAGUGGGUAAAAUAAAACGCACUAUAAAUUGUGUUGUAAUUGAUAAUAGGGAUGAAAUUGCUUAUUGUGGAACUUCCUCGGGCGAUAUCAUCAAGACAAGAUUGAAUUAUUAUCACAAUAUGGAAUACAUGGAACCGGUGCAGACACCUAUAAUGAUUGGUUGUUAUUCAAAAAUUCCAAAAGAUUUAAAAAAAUUGAAAGCUGGAAUAGGAGAUCUUUAUCCUGGUGGAGUGACAGCACUUUUACUUUUGGAUGAGGAGAAAAUAUUAGUUGGCUCUGGAGGAGGAAAUGUUGAAACUAUUAAAAUUCUAAAUACUCCUUUGAAUUUUAAAAAGAGCGUUAAACUACCCAGUAUACCUCAGAUUCAAAUUCUUCAAGCUGAAAAUGUUGGUAAUGCGGUAUCUUCAAUGGUUUUAUAUAAAAAUGAUUAUGUACUCAUUGGAACUACUUUAUGUGAGAUUUAUCAGAUAAAAUUGAAAGAUUUUGACAUGCGUCUUCUAGUCACUUGCCAUACAAAUACAAUAUACAGUAUUGCCUUUCCUUCCAACUACUCUGAAAUUUUUGCGACGAGUAGCAAAGAUGACAUCAGAUUGUGGAGAGUUGAAACACAAAAGGAAUUGCUGAGAAUAACAAUUUCAAAUUUCGUCUGCUCCAAUCUUUGUUUUAGCUACGAUGGAAAAAUGAUAAUAUCUGCGUGGAAUGAUGGAGUUAUAAGAGCUUUUGCUCCACAGUCAGGUAGAUUAUUGUUUGCGAUUCACAAUGCUCACCUCAAAUCCGUAUCAGCUGUUGUUAUUACCAAAAACGGAAAGAAGAUUGUCAGUGCUGGAUGUGAUGGACAAAUAAGAAUUUGGGAUGUAAAACCUGAUGUUCAAAGACUUGUUUGUAUUCUGAAAGAGCACAGAGGACCAGUGACGUCUUUGCACAUUUCCAAAAAUGAUGAUCAAGUCAUCAGUUCAAGUGUGGAUGGAACGUGCAUUAUAUGGGACAUUGUGCAGUGUACGAGAAAGAAAGUCUUAAUGGGAAAUACAAUGUACAUGGCAGCAUGUUUCACUCCAAAUAGUGUUCAAGUUUUAACUUGUGGAACUGACCGUUUAAUAGGCUAUUGGGAAACUCUAACUGCUUCCCUCAUUCGAGAAGUUGAAGGCUCGGGGGUAGGGGCCCUGAACUGCGUGGACAUUAGUGCUGAUUGUCGACAUUUUGUCACUGGCUCAAAUGACAGCAUUGUCAAGUUGUGGCACUACCAAAAUGCUGAAAUUACACACAUUGGUCUUGGUCAUGCUGCUAUCAUUACUGGAAUUAAAUUUAGUCCCGAUGGCAAGUACAUUGUAUCCGUGAGCGCCGAUGGAGCAAUUAUAAUUUGGAAAUGCCCUUCUCAAUUGCAUGCAGACGAACAAGUCGCCGAAAGCACGAGAUCUAGAUCGACCUGCAGCAUUCGAGAAGAAGAGUUCAAUAAACUGCGUUUGAAAGAAUUGAAAGACGACGAAGAAAGUGUUUCACAAUUCACGACACGCCCGGAAUCUGCUCAAAGCAUUAAAGCUGUUUAUAACGGUGACAAUAGCGUUCUUCAAAAGGAAUGCAACCACACGGACUUGCUUUCAACAGCUUGCGAUUGUAAACAAGCGAGUAACACCAAAAAACCCUUGAGCGUCUCUUCACGUUCUUAUACAAAUUCACCAUUGUCCAAGGAAAGUGUUAAUGAGUUUUAAAACCAUUAAUUUUGCAAAUCCAUUCAAUUCCAACAAAUUGGAGUUUGAAAAAAUUCAGUGGCUUUUUUAUAAAUGUGAAAUAAAUUCUUUAUACGCAUCCAAAGCGCUUAUAAUUUAAAAAAUAUCUAUUUAUAUUCAUCUAAUUCCAAAGAAAUUAGUCUAAACUCUUGUAUUCAUUUUUUAAUACAAUUACGUAUAUUUUUUAUUUUCAAUAUUAAAAUAAAUGUAAGCACAAAAAUGUAUCAAUUAAUUAAAUACUUGAGUGAAAAUUCCUCACUUAAAUAUUCUAAUCGCAAUUCUGUUUAUUUAAUUUAAUAGGCUAAUUAAAAACCUAUUUAGUAGGCUAAUUAAAUGUAGAUAUGUAAUUUUGUAAAUUAAAAUUACCGACUUACUAGUUUGUAAUAUAAACUUGACAAUUACUUUUGGAAUGACUGAAUUAAAAUUGUUUAACAAAAAAAA